UAGAUCGAAGUGUUUCGAGUGAGUGAUUCUCACAAAUUAAUCGACGUUUUCCUAAAACUAUAGCGCAUCUAAAUAAGUUAAAUCACCACAAUAUAAUUACAAUGGUUUGUUGGGAAAAGUGAAAUUAUCGGAUAUUACUGAGUGUAUGAUUUUGAUGUGUUUACGAUUCCAAAUAUUAUGUUUAUUGAAAACACUUUGCGAUCAAGCCGUACUAUGGCGUUUUUUAGAUGAUGAAAACCGCGGGAGGAACGACGACAUCACCUAAUUUUAUACAAACUUAUAUACUAUAAUGUGACUGUGUGAUACUUUUUUUAAACGGACUUUAGUGCCUUACGAAACUUACCGCCUAAAAAGUACUUAAUAAGUUUGGCUUAGUCAGGAAGGGCACAUGUUGUUCAAUGGAUACCGAUAGGAAAAAAGAUUUAAAAGUUAAACAUAAAAAAAAUCGACGUAAAAAUGAAAAGAAGGAAAAAAUGGAAGCAACCAAUACGGAUUUAAAAUUGGACAAUAUGUGUAAUCAAACCAGCAGGCUGACUGACGGUAAUGGUAGUGAGUCGGGGAGCUCUACCGACAGCGAGGACUUAGUCAAUGCUAUAAACUACAACACCAUUACGUCAUUAGCAGCGCUCAAGGAUAUCAUACAGGGUGACAAUAAUGAUACACCAGAGACUGAUAGUUUCUUCCAACAUUAUUUUAUGAACCAUUGUAAUAAUCUUUCAAGUAGAAAUAUACCUCCAAACUCACCGUUCCCAUAUACUGAGCGUCGACGUCUAUCUCAAUGCCGCGAAGAAGACGAAGAAGACGACAAAAGGGAAAACGAUCCGCCUGCACCUAUUUUAUUUUCUGAGAUAGAAUUGGGAAAGCCGCAUCAGUCUAUUUCAGAUAUUUUGGCCAAAGAACUUAGCUUAAGUGAUGGCAGCGAAGUAAAGCGCAGUAACGCGGAGAAAGAUAAGUCACCAGAUGAUUUGUAUGACAACGAGGAUGACCACGCGCGUUUAAACCGAACUAUUAUGGGAGCGAAACAUAAGUUUCUAGUAACAACGACAGAGCCACCCCUGGCGUCCGUUGAAAGGGCACUACGCUCUCAUAUACACAAUGCUCACACUGUACAUUUCGGGACUAAGGGUGCUGAAGAACAGAGACCGAGUAUGCGAUCUAUUUUUACAGGACAGAAUCUCCAUCGUGAUAAAAAUUAUUUUGAUAGUAGCUUGAUAGAAAUUCGAAGUACGGUCGACGAAAUCCCCACGAGCUCCGAAGAUAUAUGGGUUAAGAGAACUGAGGAUAAGACGGAUGCUGCGUUAAUAAAACAAACAAUAAUACAAGAUACACCAGCUUCGAUCACUAAUAAUGAUACAGAAAAACAAAAUGAAAAGCCUGAAACAAAUGAAACGGAAAUGCGUGAUUCAAAGACGUCUGAUAAGAGCACGGAGAGUGUGCGAUCUCGGUCUGGUACUUGGAGUUUUCGUAUGACGCCCAAAGAAAAAGAUGCUUUGAAUAAAAUUCAAUAUCGUCGCGAGAAGGACUUGCGGCGUAGCAGUGAUGAAAGGCGACAGAAACGUGAUAACCGGCUCGAUGCUGCGAUCACACGCAGCUCACAGUCAGUAGGCGAACGCAAACGCAGAGGUUCUAACGAUGACGGACAACCCCACCCUAUGUACCAACAAACGAUACAUGGCACCUCCGGGGUCAGUCGCAGACCGGCAUUGUUCGAUAUAUUUAAAUCGAAACCUAAAACCGGAGAUGCGAAGAAACAAUCAUCAAUCAUGCAGCAAGUCAAAGCUGCCGUCCAGAGUAUUACCAAAUCAUCUGGUGGCUCUUCGACUAAGGAAGUUAAACAAGAACCUUCCAAACCGGAAGCCUCCACGAGCAGCACCACGCCAGUGGUGAAAGUGAGAGACGGAUCAGCUCACAAACAUGCCGGAAGCGAUACAAGGUAUUACCACACAUUGACGGCAUCGUCGUCCCGACGUCCUAGCGCCAUGGCGAAGGUCAUGGAAAUGUUUCGAGGUCGUUCAUCCGUCCCGGGUCAAGCUCCGCCAACGGAUGCUGCCGAAAAAAGAAAAGCGAGGGCAUUGGCUCAGCAACAACACUACGCUACAGCGGGAGCACAUCUACGCAGGGCUGCCUCGCAACAAGCUGAAAAACGCAGGUCGUCUCUCGGCAACGUGCCUGUUAACAGACACAGAGCUUCAGAUGCAUUCUUGGAUCCUCAUCAUGCUGCCAUUCUCUUCCGCGAUUCCAGAGGGCUUCCCGUCGCUGACCCGUUCCUGGAGAAAGUUAGCCUUUCUGAUUUAGAGGAAGAUGAGUCGCAAAUAUUCGUCAAGUUCUUCAAGUUUCACAAGUGCUACGAUCUGAUACCAACCUCGGCGAAGCUGGUCGUGUUCGACACGCAACUCCUGGUCAAGAAGGCUUUCUUCGCCCUUGUUUACAAUGGCGUGCGAGCCGCCCCGCUGUGGGACUCGAACCAGCAGCAGUUCGUUGGUAUGCUGACUAUAACGGACUUCAUCAAGAUACUACAGAUGUACUACACGAGCCCCGACGUCAAAAUGGAAGAGCUCGAGGAACACCGCCUCGAGACGUGGCGCCGCGUGUUGAAAGGUUCAGUGAUGCCGCUCGUAUCGAUCGGUCCUGAUUCUUCACUGUUCGAAGCCAUAAGGAUGUUGAUCACGAACCGCAUCCAUCGUCUACCGGUCAUCGAUCCCGACACCGGCAACGUGCUCUACAUACUGACGCACAAGAGGAUACUGAGAUUCCUCUUUUUGUAUAUAAACGAAUUACCAAAGCCGUCGUACCUGAAGAGUAAGAUUCGCGAUCUCCGCAUCGGCACCCUUAGCGACAUCGAGACCGCCACCGAGGAGACCUCGAUCAUCGAAGCCCUGAAGAAAUUCGUGAACAGGCGCGUUUCGGCGUUGCCCCUGAUCGAUCCCGAAGGACGCUUGAAAGACAUCUACGCCAAGUUUGACGUCAUUAACCUGGCAGCCGAAAAGACGUAUAAUAAUCUGGACGUUACACUGAAAACGGCUAACGAACAUCGGAACGAGUGGUUCGAGGGCGUUCAGAAAUGUAAACUCGACGAAACACUCUUCGAUGUUAUGGAAAGAAUCGUUCGGGCCGAGGUACAUCGUCUAGUCGUCGUCGAUGAUGACGAUAAAGUCAUCGGAAUUAUAUCUCUCUCGGAUCUGCUAAUGUAUCUUGUCCUACGUCCUACCGGCGAGUGUGGCGUUACCAGCUUACGCAACGAACACGCGCCCAUAGAAGAAAAGGACGAGAACUUGAAUCCCGAAGACGUAGCAGAAUCCGGAGAUGAUAAAUCAACAGUUUCAAAAGAACAAGACGAUAGCGAAGAACGCACUCAGUGCCAAGAGUAAAACAAAUGCGAUUCCGCGUCUUCAAUUUAGUUAACGGCUUCGCGAUCUCCAUCACGACGCCAUUUUGUUUGCAUUGAUAUUCAAAAUGGCCGCGGUGAUUAAUGGAUUACAGUCAGUAAUUUUUUUUUUUGGAAUCUUAUGUACAAGAUAUCUGAUUGCAUUCAGUCCGUAAAAAAAAUCUUUUUCAUCUACAUACAUAUAUCUAUGGUUGGUGUUCCUUCGUGAAAUCUUUGUCGACGCGGUUGUGAAUUAAUACAUGUAUGCAAUAAUAAUAUAUUGUAUGCAAUACAUUUAAUGUAAAAACAGUCUUGUUUUUUCCAAAAAAAAAAACGAAAACCAAAAUAUCAUUCUAAUUUUGAUAUAAUAUUUAUUUUAUUCCGUUUCGUUUCCAUUUUAUACAAGUUUUUUUUUUGAGAAAUGUUUACUUUGUAUUUGUACUGAUUUGUUCAGCUGACUUGUAUGUACCCUGCAUAUAACGUGCAUAUAACAGUUGAAAAAUAUAUAUUAGAAUUAUGUUUUUUUUAGAAAGCGCUCUUACCAGUUUGUAUUGCAUUGCGUUUUUUAUUACGAACAUCUUGUAAUUAUAGGGUGAUUGAUAUAUCGUUAUGUAUGUAUGUACGGUGAUCGUAAUAAUACCACCUUACAGUAUGUACGUUCGGAGCGUGAGCAUUAAUUUACAUAAAAUAAUAAUUAUAAAAACAUUAUCACAAUCAAGUGCAAUAAAAAGAACAAUCCAUAAUAUUACUUUGGGACUCACAAUUUUUUUUUCUUUUAUAAUAUUUAUUAAUUUGUUGUGUAAUCUGAUUCCUACUGAGAUUUGACGUUUUUGUGCAUAUUAAUGUAGUGUAACAACACAUUUUAAUAAAAAAAAUACCAUUCAUUUAAUUGUAUUUUUUUAUGAUAUUGAACAGAACAAAUGAAACGAUCGAAUUUAUUUUACGGAAACUUAAUUUAUUCUUAGUAUGUAUUUUUUUCUUUGUUAUUAAUUUAGUUGACCGCAAUUUUAAUAGUUCUCGGUUGCUCAAUCAUUCUGGAGUGUCAAUAAAUUUUUUAUAAAUUACAACUUAGAAACUUAUCUUUAUAAGAUAUCAGAAUAUGGAUGUGAAGGUUUUUUUUUUCAGUUUCUAAGUAAAUUAGACAUGAUUAGAUUCCUGUAAAACGUUUGACGUGAAUUAUUUAUUGCAGGAACCGAUUUAUGUAACAGUAACGAUUAUCAUUAAAUUCUAGUAGCAUAUCAGUUUUUAGAUUAUAAAAUUGUAUGUUGAUAAAGUAAAAAUAAAAUAAAACUCAAAAAAAA